CCGCCCUCACCGGGACCGGCCGGCACCACAACCCCGCCCUCACAGGGCCCCGCCCCUCAUCGUGCCAGGCCGGGCAGCGCCCGCUCUCAAAAUGGCGGCGACGGCGGCUUCCCCGCGCUCUCCUCCUAUUGGACGGAGCCGGAAGGCCAAGGGAUGCGAUUGGCUGCCGGCCGGCAGAGCGGCGCUCCCGGAUUGGGGGGCAGGCGGCGGCGCGCGAGGCCCGGCGCGCGGGCGGGCGGCGGCGGUCCCGGAGCGGAGCCAUGUGGAGCGGGCACGGGAACUUCGAUGGCGGGUACGGCAGCAUGGGCGGCGCGGGGCUCCCGGGCGGCUACACGCAGUCCCCGGGCGGGUUCGGGUCGCCCGCCGGAGGCCAGGCGGAGAAGAAGCAGCGGAGCCGCUCGCAGAACAUCGUGCCCUGCACCGUGUCGCAGCUGCUGGCGGCCGAGCAGGUGGACGAGACCUUCCGGAUCUGCGACGUGGAGAUCUCGCAGGUCACCGUGGUGGGCAUCGUCCGGCACGCCGAGAAGGCGCCCACCAACAUCCUCUACAAAGUGGACGACAUGACGGCAGCCCCGAUGGACGUCCGGCAGUGGGUUGAUACUGAUGAGGCAGGAGGUGAGAAUGUUGUAGUACCUCCAGGAACUUAUGUUAAAGUGGCUGGUCACCUUCGAUCCUUCCAGAAUAAGAAGAGCUUGGUAGCAUUUAAGAUCAUGCCUCUGGAAAAUAUGAAUGAGUUCACCACACACAUACUGGAAAUUGUCAAUGCACAUAUGAUCCUCAGAAAAAAUCUUAUGUCAGCAUCAAGAGGGCCACAGUCAUUUUCCUCCACUGGGAUAAGUGACAUGGGGGGCUACGGAGGAGGUGGCAGCCUGCCAGUGAACGGGCUCACAGCGCACCAGAGCCAGGUGCUGAACUUGAUCAAGAGCUGCCAUGUCCCAGAGGGGAUGAGUCUACAGGACUUGAAGCUCCAGCUCCACAAUAUGAGUAUGUCAACGAUCAAGCAAGCUGUGGAAUUCCUCAGCAGCGAGGGACACAUCUACUCCACGGUGGAUGAUGAUCACUAUAAGUCGACAGAUGCCGAGUAAAGUUCCUUCCGUCUGAUUUUAGUUCCAAGCAAAUGUUUGUCCAUGUUUCAAGAUACCUUGCUGAGCUCUGUUACAUGGAGGGUGACGUUUGCUCUUUGUGGGAAGUCUUGGUUAUUCACUGAAUGCCAGCUCCUUGGAAUUCAAGGAUGAGCAGAACAUGUGAUUCUGUAAUUGGACCUGAUUCUAUGCUGUGACCAUGUGAAUGAAAGCAUGAACAGACAUGGGAAAACUGAACUCCUCAAAGCCUGAGAGCUUUCACUUUGUUUUGGCUCCUUAGAGAGUGCCUGUUAGAAAAAAGAGCCUCAUUAUCAUUUGUCCUUUAUUUUUAGAGCUGUUUCUCCUAACUCAGAUUCUGUUCCAUUUUCUUCACAAAGUGGAUAGCUAAGAGUAAUCUUCCACUAAUGCACAGCAAUCAUGACAAGAUGUUUUUAUUGUUUAGUUUGUGCACUUAAAUCUAUAUUUGUACUACAGCUGAUCUUGUUAACUAGAGCUUUUGAACUUUUCCAAUAAAAUGUUAACUUGA